AUGAAGUGCCUCCAAACGGUUGUCUCCGUCGUGCUGCUGGCGCUGUGCCUCCAUGUGGUGUCUGCCGAAGUGGUAAACUUCCAGAAAUGUCCUGGUGAAGCCACAGAAAAGUGUACAAUUCACGAGGUCUCGAUCACCCCAUGUCCGGAAGCUGAGAAAGGAAAUGUCUGCACCCUCCUCACUAGAUCGCAAGUUAACAUAACAUUCGAUUUUACUCCCGAGUUCGCUGCUCAUAACCUCACCGCUGAUGUGUCCUGGACUAGGCCCAAUUUAGAUCUGCCCUUUGUCGGAAUGGAUAAGGAAGCCUGUGAACGUACAAAUUGUCCGGUAGUAGCCGGUAACCGGCAAAGGUAUACCUACAAUUUGACCAUCAAAAAAGAGUAUCCUCCGCAAUAUUACGACGUCAAGUGGAAGCUAACGAGCGACAAUAAUGACUCCUGCUGCUUCAUUGUGCCGAUCACCAUCGCCAAGAAAAAGAAGGCUACUUAA